AUUAAUCGAAUAAAGUAUUUUAUUUAAAAAAAUAUCUGUUGAAGCUUGAUGCUCAUUUUUUAUUUAUUUACAUAGUGAUGAAUAUUCACCUAGUUACGGCGUGGUAGAGCAAACUGCGUGUUUCAGUAUCUGCUUUAUUCGCAGAAUAUCUACAAAAGAUUCUUGUUGAGCAAGCCACCACAGUUUAGAUUGUACACCAUCAUAAUUAUAAGUGAAAAUGGAGGAAAUAAAUGGGGAUAUUUAUGGUGAUGGGUUAGUCAGCCUUGGGGAAGAUGGAUCCUUAGAAUCUCCUGACAACGGCAAGCAGGAACAAAACUGUAAAAUAUGCGAUAACAAGCUUUGCAGUCCCCGAGUUUUGUCAUGCCUCCAUGUGUUCUGUGAGGCUUGCAUUGACAAGUUGAUGGUGAAUGAAGCAGGUGAUUCCCUGAAGUUUGAUCUGGCUGUGGAAUGCCCCCUGUGCAAGCAAGAAACUAAGAUGCCUGGUGGAGGAGCUGCAUCACUACCUUCCGAUUAUGUUCUCACUAACAUCUUGGAUGUUUCUUCUAUGGAUCAAUCCGUUGUUUGCACUUGCUGCAAAAGUAAAGAACCAGCUGUAGCAAGAUGCACUGAUUGUUCGCAUUUUCUCUGCUCGAAUUGCAACUCUGCACAUGAGUUUAUGAGGUGCUUCGAAAACCACCGAGUUGUCCCUUUUGAUGCUCUCAGGUCUUCUAAGGAGAAAUCCGCUGUUCAUAAGCCAAUAUUUUGCAUUCGCCAUGUCGGUGAAAGCCUUAAAUUCUACUGUUGUGAAUGUGAAGUAGGCGCUUGCACCGAAUGCCUCACGGUUGAUCAUAAGGUGGGCGAACACCGUUGUGAGAGGAUUGUGGAUGCCGAACCAAAUCUUCGCGCUGAACUACGAAACUUUAUUAUGCAAGCGAAUGCCAGAGCUGAGGCAGCCGGCAGCGCCUCCUCUAAGCUCGACGAUGCACUCGGAGACCUCCAGCGGCAACGAGACGAGGCUGAAGGCGUUAUCAACGAAGCCUACUGCGCUUACAAAGCCGCCAUCGAGCGACGCCGUGAAAAGGCUCUCGAGGAACUCGAACGCUUACAUAAGGAACGAGAGUUGAAGGUGAUGGACUUAUUCGAUCGCGUCGACAAGACAGUCCAGCGAAUUGAAUGCGCUUGCAAAUUCGCAACGCGGCUGCUUCGGCGCGGCGACGGCACCGAGAUCGUAAUGCUGAAGAAAACCGUCGCCUCGCAAUUUGCGCGCUUGUUGGAGGGAUCGCCAGAGUUCGAUAUUGAUUACUCGUUGGAAUUUGUCACAAGGUUGGAAAAAUUUGAUGCCAUAACCGAAGAAACCUUUGGCACCUUUCGCACUGAGACCACGCGUGCCGAGGAGAGGAAACGCGCAAGUGAGGCUGCGUCAAUGAUGUCCAUUUCAUCAAAUACGCAUUCGCCUGCCGUUUCCUUAACCAAUGCGCCUGUGUUCGAUGACUUUCCUCUGGGGAACGUCAGAAGAGUGACCGGUGUUUCCGGGCACGGCGGCUUAGUAGGCGUUCCCGGAGUAGGAGGGGUGCCUGGGUUAGGCGUACCUUUGCCCGGAGUGACCAACACGGGCGUGAUGCAGGGCGUAGUGAAUGUGAACAGUGUCACUGGAGUGGGCGCGGUGCCCGGCGUCGGCGGAGUGUCGGCCCUGCCAUCUAUGGUCGAAUACAAUUUGCAACAAUUGGCAAGCAUCGCCGAGAAGGAUGUCCAACAGACGCCGCACGCCUCGCCGGCCCCACCGUUCACUUUAGCCGAAUUACUAGCCGGCGACCUUAAUUCACCCCAAGCGUAUAACAACUUGCAAGCCCUCGCUAAACUUGGACUUAACACUGAGGUGAAUGGAUUUGGAAGCGUUGGAGGUGUGGGCAGUAUCGGCCCGGUGGGUCCCCGCGGUGUUUCCCCGGGGCGGCCGCUGCUCACUGCGGCGGAGGAGGCGGCGCUGGUCGCUCCCCCCGCGCCGCUGGUCCGCGCUACCAAAGCGACGCCCAUGCAUAUACGGUUCAAGUUCGGCCAACUGGGCGGCGGCAAGGGGCAGUUUAACUCGCCGCACGGAUUCUGCCUCGGAAAUGACGAAGACAUCAUUGUUGCUGAUACCAACAACCAUCGUAUCACCGUGUUCGAUAAAUCUGGCAAUCACAAGUUCAACUUCGGCGUGGCCGGCAAGGAGGAGGGCCAGCUGUGGUACCCGCGCAAGGUGGCCGUGGUGCGCGCCACCGGCAAGUUUGUGGUGUGCGACCGUGGCAAUGAAAGGUCUCGCAUGCAAAUAUUCACCAAAAAUGGUCAUUUCCUCAAGAAAAUUGCUGUGCGUUUCAUCGAUAUCGUGGCGGGUCUGGCGGUGACCGCGGAGGGCCUGAUCGUGGCCGUGGACAGCGUCACCCCCACGGUGUUCAUUCUGUCGGAGGAGGGCGACCUCUUGAGCUGGUUCGACUGCAGCGAGUGCAUGCGGGAACCCUCCGAUAUCGCUAUUAGCGGCAAGGAAUUCUACGUGUGCGAUUUCAAGGGGCAUUGCGUUGUGGUGUUUGACGAGGAGGGCAGGUUCCUCCGUCGCAUCGGUUGCGAGAACGUGACCAAUUUCCCGAACGGCAUCGACGUGUCGGACGCCGGCGACGUGCUCAUCGGAGACUCGCACGGCAACAAGUUCCACGUCGCGGUCUUCUCGCGAGAUGGCGUUCUCGUCACUGAAUUUGAAUGCCCUUAUGUUAAGGUUUCUCGUUGUUGCGGGUUGAAGAUAACUUCGGAAGGUUAUAUCGUCACUCUGGCUAAGAAUAAUCACCACGUUCUAGUCCUGAACACCCUAUAUAUAGUCUGAGGCGUAUAGCUCGGCGUCUGUAAGUCUGCAUACGACAAGAUCUCACAUUUAUUCCCUUUAUUUUUAUAUUUAAUUGCUGAUUUUACAAAGCUUAACUUUUUGCUAAACCAGUAUUUGACUACUUAUUUUUGUUAUUUUGUGUUAAAUUCGCAUUAGUCUGAUAAUGCAUCAUUGUCCACAAAUGCAGUGAACUACAGUGAUUCCAAUUUUUCCUAUAACUUGAUUAUUAUAUCGAUUAAGUUGUUGAUGUGUAGAAUUUUAAGAUUAAAUUGGUAUCACUGCUCGAGGAUCAUCGAUGUAAUUAUACCCAAAGCACUGAAUACUUUCGUACUGUUUUGGUUUGUUUAUAUUCAUGUCUCAGUUUAUAUUGCGGUUGCAUUUAGUUAUAGUAACAGAAAAUCCAAAGGUUAGGCUAAUAAUAUAUUCAUUUUACUUUAUACUUUAUGUUCCAGUCAAAAGAUAAGUUUUACAUAUUCGGUCUCGGAUCUAUAAUACCGUAUUAUCUGCCAUAGCUGUUAAAUUUGUAUCUUAUCGUCGCAAUAAGCCAAAUAAUUUUCAACGUAUUGAAUAGUUAACAUUUAAAAUAUUAAGAACUUCAGUGGCUGGUUGCAGUUUUUUGUCAUUAUAUCAAACUGCUGUUUUUAAAACUCGAAAUUUAGCCGUUGACUGACUGGAGUUAGUUUUUCUUUCUAAAUUUAGCAGCUGGUAUGGUUCCUAGUUCGAGUGAAGUUAAUAAUACAUGUCAAUUAGAGGUCCGCGUAGGAGUGUCGCCUUAAAACUGUUGCGUUGCUCCGAAACUACUCUGAUCUUUGUAACACAAUCACACGAUCAUUUAUAUAUUGAAACUUACGCAAGCGUAUUAUACAAAUAUAUUAAACCCCCUGUAUCUCAGUUCAUUAUCUUUUUUCUAUUUUAUUUGUUAACCGUGGAUUUCCAAUGCCUCAAACCCUGUACAAGAUUAUAUUGGUUUCCCUGUUUUUUUCUAAGAGAAAGAGUGGGAUGGCAAUACGUCUUUGUACAGGUGUGCAUCGGCUGUGAAAAGCCACUGUAUUUAAACAUGCCGGCGGAGACUAAUUGUGUGAUUGUGUUUACAUUUCUAACGCACAAUUGAGUUUAUUGUUAACAAAAUUUUUAGUCGUUAUUAUGACCAAAGGAGGCGACACUGUAAUAACGUGCCAUCUAGUUUAGGUUAAUUGCGUAUACAAUAUUAUAUAUUGUCCGUUAAAUAUAUUUACCAUUUACAGAAUUCUUGUGUCUAUACAAAAUGUUUUCCAUGUACUCUUGUUUUGAGAGCCUAUAUUUGAAAGGUUUUGUCCUGGUUAGGCUAUUUGAUGAAGAUAUUUUAGGAUUUGGUUGUUAUAAAUGAAAUUACACUGGUGAUUAGCUGACAUGAGCAAUUAAGAUGCGAGGAUUACGACUCAAUAACAUUGCAAUAAUUUUGUACAACGUAAUUUGGAUAGUUAAAAGUAUUUUAUCGAAAAUUAGUUUAUAUGGCAUUUUCUUGUACAUUCAGCCGUUUGCAUAUACACAAAAUAUAGACGGCGGGCGAAUUUUAAAAUGUAGCGUGGACUGAAAAAAAACAUAUAUAAAUGUUUUUAAUUUACUUUUAAAAGCAUUAAACAUGACUAUUCAUGGGGUAUUAUUUUAGAUAGUAAUUUUUAAACAUAGCACCAAUUACACCGGGAUAUAUCUUUUUUAUAUAUUUGUGGGUAUCUUAUUCCGUUUUCAUUGCUCAAAGCUUUUUUUUUGCGUUAAUUGUAAAUAAAAUAUUUAUAAUCAGUCCACUGUCACGUAUAUAAAAUGUUUUGUUGUAUAGAUGAGGAGUGCGCGCAAGUCUAGACGAUUGGUAUUCAUGAAUGUGCCAUUAUAAACAUUUUGUUUUUAUAAAUAUCUAUAUGUAUGUUCGGAAUUCGUAUACAGUUCGCCAAAAUUAUAUAUUUUUCUAGCUAAUCACAUUUAAUAUUCAAAAUUGAGAUUCAUAAUUUUUAGAUCAGUGCGUCAUUUAUAAAAUGCGUUAUUCAAUUUUACAUGGUAACAUUGUGAACGACCGCCUCACUUUCUGUAUUUAGAGGCGAGUCGGACUAAAUAAAGCUUGGUAAAUGCGUGGAAUAUCCUGAUUGUAAUUCUAAAUAAUGGUCAAUUGAAUAGCUCGAGUGUCUCGAUAGAUGAGAAAAUUUAAAGAUCGUCUUCCAACUCGCGAGCUAAAAUUGUACACGUAUUUUCAAUUAUUAAAUGUUACCAAAAAUUUUAUCUUUCACCGUUAUACUAUUCUCGUUCUAUAUAUAAUUAAUUUAUUUGACCAUUAUUUGGUACUACAAUGUAAACUUUUAAGUUCCAAGUUUUCAAAAAUAUAGUACUUAACCAGACCACCUGAAAUAUGUGAUAUUUUGUUAAUAUAUAAUUUAAUGCCAUGCUCUCUAAUCUCUGUUUCUGCUAAAUUAAACAAACAGCCAAAGCAAUUAUACUUUGCUCUUACAGAUGUUAGCGCUAAUAAUAAUAAUUUGAACAAUUUAAGUUCCUGAUUUUGUAAGCAAUAGUCGUAUGUGCGGUGAUGUAGACUCUCGCCACGCAGACCGCGUCGCGUGUCUUCGCAUACGAGUGUUGUUGGGCCAUAAUAUUAUCACAAGCUUAUUCUAAUAAUUAAUUCAUUAUAAAUAUAUAAUCUAACCUAUGUACUUAAUUAGUAAUAUUUGAUUUAUAUGUUGUGUUUUGGAACAGUUUUAAAAUGUUUAAUUACAUUAAUGACAUUCUAUGUGAUAUCAGCAAUAUAGAGACAACAACGAAGCGUAUACAGUGAGAUGUUACUGGUAUCCUAGUACGUAUAUUAAUAAUGGCAGAUUUUUAAUUAUAUUUAAUAAAAACUUUGCCACUUAUUCCUUUUGUCAGAUCUUAGAGUAUAGUUUUUUUUACUCGUCGUAUCUGAAAGAAAAUAUUUUUUUAUUUCAUUACCAAAUUAAUAUUAUUUAUAGAGAUUAGGAUCGAUUUAGUAUUACAUAGGAACAAUGCGUGUUUUGUUCGGAUGUUCACGUGGAGGGCACGCCCACCUCGCUGACGUCACUACGCCAGAACGCUCUCUCUGUAUGCGCUCCGUGUACUUCCAACACAAGACUUCAACAUUGUGAAAGACAGUUUGUGCCGCGGGAGGAGAUGUUCAGGGGAGGGGUUGUGGAGGGGUUGGGGGGUCAGGGGCCACAAGCCAGCAGUGAUAAUUUGAAUUUUGACGUUGAGUCUGAAUCCUCUAUUUAUUUAGUGAGUAACUUUUGGGUUUAUUUUUCAUAUUGUUUUUUUUUAAGUUAUUUGUUUCAGGAUUUUUGUCCCGAUAGUAUUAGGGAAUUUUAUUUUGUUUAUUUUAACUAGGUUAAAAUGAGUCUAUACAUACCCUUCGCGGAUGAUAGGUGUGAUUAAUACUCCGAUUUUGUCAUUUUACUGUUUCCUUUUAAUAUGUUCCGGGCCUAUAUUUAAAUAGUAUUUUGGCCAGUGUGUUUUUUAGGCCUUUAGAGUUACGAAUUUUUACUGCCAAAUUAUUUUCAUAUGAUAUUUGUGCAUGCACAUUGUAAUUAUUUUAUUGUAUAUUAUACGUAAAAAUUAGUUACUAAUUGUUGCCAAUUUUAUUUUGUUUUAUUAAUAUUCAGGGUUUAAUAUUAUAUAAUAAAGAAAUUUUUAUUUGUUGUCCAUUGAUCAAAAUUCUUGAGUUAGUGACAUAUUUUAACCGAUAGGAAAGUUUUGAAAGCCCCAAAGGGAGCGUUUGACGCUAUUUAUUAUAUUGCUUAGGGUUGCAUAAAAUUAUUAAAAGUGGUGUGAUAGGUUUUGGAUAAUUUUACAAAUUA